AUGGAGAGACCUGUGAAGGAUGGGAUCCUCUAUGUGCAGCACAGCAAAUUUGGAAAGAAGUCCUGGAGGAAGAUGCGAGCGCAGCUCUUUGCUGCCAGCCCUUCCGGUGUGGCUCGGAUGGAGGAGUUUGAUGUGCGGGAUGAUGGCACAGUGCUGGAGAAGUCCUCCCUGCGGAGGUGCGCCCGCCGGGUGAUCCGCCUCUCGGACUGUGUCUCCGUGGGGCCCCUCGGUACCGACAGCUGUCCCAAAGCCACCGCUGCCUUCUACCUCAACACCACGGAGAAGAGCUAUGUGCUGGCAGCCGAGCAGCGGGACGAAUGGAUCUCUCAGCUCUGCCAGCUGGCUUUCCAGGGUGCAAAGGAGGGGCCACAAAGCAGUGCCAGGACGCAGCCCAGCCCAGACGUCCACAUGGAGGAGAACUCCCUCUACUCCUCGUGGCAGGACCUGACUGAGUUCCUGGUGCUGGUGCUCAGGACGGACGCGGCCACUCGCUGCGGCCUGCAUGGGCACUACCUGCUUGCAGCCCUUCCCCAGAGCCUCACGCUGAAGGACCCACAGUCCCGCCAACCCUUGUUCACCUGGCCCUACCCCUUCCUCCGCAAGUUUGGCCAGGACCAGACAGUCUUCUCCUUUGAGGCCGGCCGCCGCAGCGACUCCGGUGAGGGCACCUUCACCUUUAGCACCCCACGGGCCCCGGAGCUCUGCCGGGUGGUGGCCGCUGCCAUUGCCUGCCAGCAGCAGGGCAAGGACGCCUCGGAGACCCGGCUCCCCGCCCCGGGCACUGAGUCCCAGCCCCGGGGGCCCAGCGCAGAGGAGCCGCCAGCCGGGCUGCCUGCGGGGAGGCUGCAGCCCGGCUCCCAGGCGCCCCUGGGCCUCCUCCGCUUCUCGCCCACGGAGUCCGACGGCACUGGCCCCAUCGUGUACGCCUCCAUUGCCAGGGGCCAGCAGCCUCUCUUCGGGCCAGGGCAGCCGGGCCCCGGCCAUCCCUGGGCUGUGGGGAAGCCGCCUGCCGAGCACCUCUACGAGAACAUCUUUGCGGGAGAGCCGGGGCCCGCUGAGGAGGAGGAAGAGGAGCAGGAAGAAGGGCACUGGGAGCUGGGGUGCCGGCAGGCCCCCGAAGGCCACAGCAGCGAGGCAGGCCCCAUCUAUGACAACCAGGCAGCAGUGGCAGCAGCCCCGGCGUGGGGCAGCCCGCAGCCCCCCGGCCCCCCGGAGCAGCGCUGGGGCCCGGCAGGGCACUGUGCCCAGGAGGAGCCCCCGGGGCGCCCCGGGCCUAAGCCCCAGAACAACCUCAAAGCCAAGCUCGUCCGGCUGCUGAGCAGGGAGACCGCUGCCCCCGGCCCGCGGGACUGGCUCUGAGCCGGGGCGCGCCGCGCUCGGCGCUGCGGGGAAUAAA